GUUCGUGGCUCGUGUGUUAUUGUCAGUGAAUAACAAAUCGUUUUCAGUGAUAUUAUUUUAGAUGCACACGGAUAUAAGUUGCUCAUUUGAGUGUUUGCAUUUAAAGAUCCAGACGUUUGUAAUUUCAUAUAGAGAAAAAGAAGAAAUCCGAUUAUUUGUACAGGUUUGCUUAAGAUCUUCCCUAUACACUUGUUGCACAUUGGACAACUGCACCUCAGAGACGUUUGAGAAAGCCAGGUCACUAUCUGCGCGUCACUCAUCAAGACCUCUUAUUUCAUGAUUGCUGCUAAUUUACUCGCAAUGCCCGUGCUCACGAGUCCAGAAAUUGCCAACAAGUUUAAGGAGAAAUGGAUGAUGCUCCAUCCGGAGGAUGUGGACAAUGUCAGCGGCUCGGUUCAUCUUGACGACAGUCUUACCAGCCUCCAGUGGCUUCAGGAUUUUUCGAUCCUGAGCGCCUACCUGGAAAUACCCCCCAGCUCCGGUGAUCUUCCGCAAAAUGUCGCGCUUCACAAACACGUGUGUCCGCGGGGUAACAGCUCGCCGGCGAGUCCAACCGCAGGAGAUACGGCUGCUACAGGAAUGCCCCAGAGUUUGGGAAAGCCUGUUACCUCCAGCAGCGUCUCAGCCAUCGUUACUAGCACCAGUUAUCUGCAUCAACCCUUAACCCACAAUCAACAAGUCUCAACACUCAGCAACCCUCAUGAGGAAAUAGACUAUACGAUCAACCACCAAGUAAAACCUCCAUAUUCUUAUGCCACGCUUAUUUGCAUGGCCAUGCAAGCUAGCAAGAAAACUAAAAUCACUCUCUCUGCCAUAUAUAACUGGAUCACAGAAAACUUCUGCUACUACAGACACGCAGAUCCCAGCUGGCAGAAUUCGAUCCGCCAUAACCUGUCACUCAACAAGUGCUUCAUGAAGGUGCCCAGGCAGAAGGAUGAGCCUGGGAAGGGGGGUUUCUGGCAGAUCGAUCCGCAGUACGCCGACAUGUUCGUCAACGGCGUCUUCAAACGUCGGCGGAUGCCUUCUAAUCACUUCAGCUCCCAGAGGCAGAGCAAGAUCUCAUCUGCUUCAGAGGCCUCUUACUGUCCGAUGGGCCUGGGGUAUCAAAAUGGCUACCAGCUUGGCUUUGGGCAGUUUCAGACUAACGGAGGAUUCCAGAGAGGGGCAGGACUAGGCAACAAACGCAAGCAGUCCUCCCCUAAGCGAAGCUGUAAAGUGGCAAGGCCCAAAGAAGAGGCGUUUGCCCCUGAGGUGAAGGAAACAGAGGUGCUUAAAGGGGAUUUUGACUGGUGCUCUGUGUUUGAUGAUGUAUUCAGCGGCAGCAGCAGUAACUUCGAGGACCUGGACAUCAACGCAGCACUCAGCUCUCUGGGGUGUGAGCCGGACCUCUCCACGCAGGGCCGGAAUAUGGCUGCUGCUGGCAAGUGGUACAGCGGCGGGUUCGAGCAGCCUUGCAGUUACUUGGAGGGGGCUAGUGCCAUGGGUGCCCUGCCGUACGACGCCCUGCAGCAGGCCCCCGUGCUGGCACAGCACUUUGAGGAGGUGUCUGUGGAGCCUCCACGACAUCCAUGGGAGGAGUUCAAGGAGGAGGCACAGGCCAUCCCACUUCCACUGGAGCACGGCUUCCCCUUCUGUGAGGGCUUCAUGAACGAGAUGCAGCCCUGGGAAAGGCCAGAGUCAUAUCUGUGACACUGUCCACUUAAUCUGCUGGACCUAAAUAAACACUUCAGUUUUGCUAUAUUAGCACCAUAAACACAGAUGAACAAUCUGUAUUCUUGAUGUAUGUUUUGUCCUUUGUUGCUUUUCAAACAGAAACAUUAUUCAUUUGCAGUUGAUUCUUAAUUCUUGUGUCGGGCUAUUGGCAUCACUUUGAAGCAUCGUUGUUUUCAUGUGUCAGCUACAGUAUGUAUGGCCUAUAGUUUAGAGUCAUUUAUAAAUUACUGAUCCAGAUUAUAUUGCAAAUUUUUAAAAGGGAGAGUAUGAAGAAGCACAAUAAAUGACUUCCAGACUUCCAUGCACGUGCACUUUGACAGACUACAGUUCAUGGAAGGGUAGAGAAAAUCUACUUCUGUCGCAUAUUCAUUCUCCUUUAUUGUUUCACAGAGACAUUUUAAAGACCAACAGAGAUUAUUGCAACACAGUAUAAUGCAGUUUUACACAGUUAAUGUUGCACAAAUGCUUGAAAUGCCACCUUAUUGUACUUGAAUAAAAUCCAACAACUGUUCACAUCAAUGCAAGUGAUUUGAAAAUUUUUUAAGGGUAUUUGAGAUUUGUAAUGAAGUCUGCGAUUGAUUGUCGGCCUCUGCUAAUUCUCAGACUUUGUAUAACGAAACACAAUUGAUGUGAAAAUAUAACCUUGAUUCUUGAUUUCUUUUGAGAUUUGAUUGACAAUUAUCCUGCUGAGGUCAAACACAAAGAACUUUUGCUCCUAAUGUUUUUGUGAUAUGAUCCCAAUAAAUUCAAAUGUUCAUUGGAGACUUUGGUCCUCCUUUAUCAUAUAGAAACUAAGUUACAUGUAACCUACCACUUUAUUAUUAUUUGAUUAAAACAAAAAGUGAGUUACUGAUUUGUAUCCAACACUUUUUUGAGAAUACUGCUGAAGGAUUAUGUCAAUGCAUUGGAAAUUAUCAUAGCUGUGUACUGGUCCUGCUAUUUAGAAGAAACUAUGGUAGCUACAUAUAGCUUUGUACGAUUAUUGUCUGUAAGUAUACGUACCUAUUGUAGAUUUUAAAAUGAUUCGCACCAAGGUGCCAGUGUGUGACUCCGCUGCUCAGCUAUCAUUGUAAUGCUUCCAUUUUUAUGAUGAAGUUUUAAAAAUAUUGAAUGCUAUUUGAAUUUCAUGAGAAGACAUUUCAUGAAAAUGCUUUUUUUUCACAAUUAUGGCUUCAACAUGCAGGGGUAAUUUGUUUUUUGAUUAUUCAUUAGGAUUGUUUCUUCUUUUAAGGUGACAUGCACUGAUUGUGUAAAUGGAAAAACAUGAAGAGACAAUGACAGAAGUUUAUUACCAGAAAUCGCGGGUCAUCCAAAGGACCAUGAAGUCUGUGCAGUGAUUUUUUAUUAUUUGUAUUCCUAAGCACUCCAUGCAAUAAAUAUAGUGGAUUUA